CCACCUGAUCCCAUGGUUGUUGGAAAAAAAUAGAAUCCUUUCUCUGUCGACGAAACUUUCAACCGCGUCUCUCUGUCUCUCUGCCUAUAUAAAUCAAAAUGAAGAUAACAGGUAGUAAUUAACUAUAAGUGCCCUCAACCAAAGCUAUUUUAGAUUCUCAGUGUUUCUAUAGCUAUUUUCUAUAUCGUAUCCUCAAUAACUUUCAGGUAACUUGAUCUUUAUUAUUCUGAUCCUUUGGAACCAUUGAAUUGAUGAUCGCAAAGAUCGAAUCAUCUCUUCUGGAUUCAAGCGACUCCAGACACCUGGUGGCUGCUGCAGUUAAAUUGCAGAAAGUGUACAAAAGCUUUCGCACAAGAAGAAAGCUAGCAGAUUGUGCAGUUCUUGUUGAACAAAGCUGGUGGAAGCUUUUAGAUUUUGCUGAAUUAAAGCACAGCUCUGUAUCUUUCUUUGAUAUUGAGAAGCACGAAACUGCCAUUUCACGUUGGUCUAGAGCUAGAACCAGAGCUGCUAAGGUUGGUAAAGGUUUAUCAAAAGAUGCUAAAGCUCAAAAACUUGCUUUGCAGCACUGGCUUGAAGCAAUUGAUCCUCGCCAUCGGUAUGGACAUAAUCUACACUUUUAUUAUGAUAAAUGGCUCAAGUGUCAGAGCAGAGAACCCUUUUUCUACUGGCUAGAUAUAGGAGAAGGAAAGGACAUAAAUCUUGGAAAGUGCCCUCGAUCCAAGCUUCAAGAGCAAUGUGUUAAAUAUCUAGGACCGAUGGAAAGGUUGGCAUAUGAAGUUGUUGUGGAGGAUGGGAGGUUUUUCUACAAGCAAACAGGAGAGGUCCUUCACACCACUGGAGAAAGUGCACGUGCCAAGUGGAUAUUUGUCCUCAGCACAUCUAAAGCCUUGUAUGUUGGUAAGAAGAAGAAAGGUUCAUUUCAGCAUUCUAGCUUUUUGGCUGGAGGAGCAGCAUCUUGUGCUGGGAGACUAGUUGUUGAAAAUGGUGUCUUGAAGGCAGUUUGGCCUUACAGUGGCCAUUAUCGACCAACAAAAGAGAAUUUUGAGGAAUUCAUUUCAUUCCUUCAGGAGAAAAAUGUUGACCUUUCCAAUGUCACGAUGACUCCAGUUGAUGAGGAUGAUGAUUAUGAUCAUCAAAGAAGCCACUUAUCUGAAGAGGACUUAAAUGGGAACAUGAGUGGCUUGGAGGAUGAAGAGAUUAUUGCAGAGAAGGCCAAUUUGAUGGAAACUGAAAGCUUGUCAGCACAAGUGGCACCUAAGACAAGCAAAUUCAAGAUUUUUGGAAGAGAAUUGACCAAUCUUGAAAUUUCCAAAAUUGAUCAAGAAACAACACAAGCUUUUGAAGCAGAACUAGAUAAAACAAUUCUAAACCAAAUUAAACCUUGCCAAUUGGGGAAACAGUUAUCUUGCAAAUGGACAAGUGGAGUUGGACCUCGUAUUGGAUGUGUAAGGGGCUACCCUUGUGAGGUUCAAUUCCGUGCUUUGGAACAAGUUAAUCUGUCUCCAAAAAGAAACAACCACUUUCUUAGAUCAGUGAUACCAAUUAUUCCCAUGUCAUGGGUGAAAUGGAUGCAUAAUUUGUUUAUUCUUUUCUGUAAAUAGAAAUAGUGAAGGAAAUUUUGUCACUCUUUCCACUAAUUUAUAUUGAUAUUUGAUAUUCUCCCCCAAGUCAUGUAUCAUAUUGGAUAGGGUGAAAUUUGACCAAUUUUUUUUAUGGUCUAUGCCCGUGUAAUUUUAAGGAAGCAAAUUUACCUUAUUUUGCUUCAAUGUAAUAACAUUCAUUUUCUUGUUGUAAA